AUUAUCAAUAUAGCUCAUCAGAGACUUAUUACCACAGAAUUAAUGGCUCCAACUCCAAGUUUUUCCCAAUCAAACUCACUCUUCAACUUCGUAGUCAGAGACGGCAACGGCGUCAAAGGCUUGGUGGACUCAGGCUUAUCGGAGGUACCACAACAAUAUAUUCAACCUCCACAAGAAAGAAUAAUAGACAACCUCAAAUCCACCUUAAACCAUACUCCACCGAUUGACUUAUCAAAACUAGACGGUCCGAACCAUGACCAAGUGGCGGAGGAGCUGGCUCGAGCCGCUGAGACCCUUGGGUUCUUCCAAGUGGUGAACCAUGGUGUUCCGGUUGAGCUACUAGAGUCGUUGAAGGUUGCGGCUCAUAGUUUCUUUAACCAACCACCGGAGAAAAAGGCUGUGUAUUGUAAGGGCGUGAGUCCGAGCCCGUUGGUGAAGUACAGCACCAGUUUUGUGCCGGAGAAGGAGAAGGCGUUGGAAUGGAAAGAUUAUAUCAGUAUGAUACAUUCUAGUGAUGAAGAAGCACAUGCAUAUUGGCCUAGGGAAUGCAAGGAUGUGGCCCUGGAAUACUUACGAACAUCAAUGAAGAUGGUGAAGAAAAUAGUGCAUGUUCUAAUGGAGAAGCUAGGAGCAGAAGUAGAUGAUGAAAAAAUAGAUGCACUGGUUGGGCUGAAGAUGGUAAACAUGAACUUCUACCCAAAAUGCCCCAAUCCUGAACUUACAGUUGGGGUGGGACGACACUCUGACAUGGGUACCCUUACUGUAUUAUUGCAAGAUGAAAUUGGCGGUUUAUAUGUCAAAGCCGAAGACGCCAUUAAUGGCAAAAAGAAAGGAGAAUGGAUAGAGAUUCCGCCAUGUCCUGGUGCUUUGGUCAUUAAUGUUGGUGACACGUUACAGAUACUGAGCAAUGGAAAAUAUAAAAGUGCUGAACAUAGAGUGAGAACAACAAGUGAAAAAUCAAGAGUGUCGAUUCCGAUUUUUACAAUUCCAAAACCAACCGAAAAGAUUGGACCAUUGGCUCACCUGGUGGAAAAAGAUGGGCUAGCUCUUUAUAAGGAGGUUGUGUUUGGGGAUUACAUGGCAAAUUUCUUUAGUAAUUCUCACCAAGGAAAGGAGAAAUCUCUAGACUUUGCUGCGAUCAAUUAGUUUCCAAUUCUAUAGUGCAUCAAAUUUCUGGUCGGAUAAGAAUAAAUAAAUGCAUUUUACUACUUGUUUAUAAGUCUAUUGAAUUUCAAAUUUGUCUAUCUUUGGAAAUAUGUUUGGAUUGAGGACUUGUUUGGAUAGAAUUGACACUUGUUUGCAAAGUUCUGUAAUUCUGAAAUUCCAUUUUACUUAAUGUAUGAAAUGAAAAUUUAAACAAGGGAACCUUUUUAUA